GAAGAUUCUGCUGGGGAAGUGACAUUGGGUCACCGUUGAUGGAUUUCCUCGCACUCUUCGCUGGUUUGUCGGCGUUUACAGCCGCAGUGCUUGAAACUGACCGCGACUUGGAAGGAAGGUUCGAAGGCCAGUUAUCAUUGUUUGGCGUAUGCUUGCCAAACCUCAGGAAGGAGAUGAUGCUCUCCAAAAGGUCAAACGUCAAUGCAUCGGUGAUGGGUGAGUCGAGAAAUGAGAGCUCGUGUGAUCUCAACUCGAUGAUAUCCGAUGAUCACGGAGAUCGUGUAACAACACGCCGUCUCGCAUCGCUCACCACCGACCUCGAUCGAUCCCGAGUCUCUCUUCUCCUUGAUCGCUCCAGUAAUCCCCACCCCCCGACUCCAGCGAGAUCUUCGCCGCGUCUCGAUACUCCGGCCUUGAUUAUGGAUGCAGCAGGGCCGUCGUCGAAGAGGGUGAUUAUGUGUCGGGCGUGGGAAAGAAGGCUGGAAGAUGUCAGGAUUAGGGACGCGGACGUGAACAAGCUCGUGAUGAACUAUCUCGUCACCGAAGGCUACGCUGAGGCCGCGGAGAAGUUCCAGAUUGAGUCCGGCACCGAACCCGAUAUUGAUCUUGCUACUGUAUUUGAACGCCGGGCGGUGCUAAGGGCUGUGGAGUCUUGCUAUCUGAAGGAGACGAUUGAGAAACUCAAUAGGUUGGACCCUAUGAUACUUGUCAUGAACCGCCAAAUUGACUUCCGUCUUCAACAUCAGAGGAUGAUUGAGAUGAUUCAUGCUGGAGAAAUGGAAAUGGCUCUGCUGCAUGCUAUAAAUGAGAUUUUACCAGGGAUCGAGAAUAAUAUAGAUUUUCUAAAGGAGUUCAUACGGACAACAACCCUUUUCCCGCUCCUAGGUCCGUCGCAACGUUUGAAACUUGUGAGCCAGGUUAAUGCUGCCAUACUAACAAGUCAAAAUCAUGAGAAAGAACCAAAGCUUCCUACCCUGCUGAAGAUGCUGAUAUGCAUUCAAAACGAACUGGAUGAGAAUGCUGCUUUUCCACUAGUCUGCGACUUGAUGACGACUGAACUUCCAGAUACUGCUUGUCCAUAUCAUCUGUCGUUUUAACCUGGCUUCUUUCUCUGGUGCUCCUGUAUCAAUAUAACAAAGUCAUAGAAAACAGCUUCAUCAGAUGCUGGAAUCUGGACGCUACAUGCACUUGGUGAAUUUGAUUUUGCGCAUCGAGAUUUACAUGUAGGGAUGUAAUGUUGAAACCACAUUUUUCACUGUUGUUCUGCCAGUUCGGCUAUGUGCCUGCUAGAGAUGGAAAUAUCAACAAGUUUCUGAUGGAAAAUGUUUUUACA